ACCGUGGGCAAGUUAAACAUAUACGAAUGAGAAGCUCUAAAUUACAGUAAAUAUAAACCGAGUAGACCUUUAACAUUUCAAAAUCAAUUAUUACAUCAUGUAAUGGAUUGUUGAACACGAAAAAACAUACCUGAGUACGAAAUGGAUUUUUAGUCGCAGAUACUUAGAUGCUUUUAAGGGAUAUACAAAAACAGACCACCUACAAUGAAUUAACUUAAGCCAACAGUUAUACACGGAAACAGACUAAAGAAAAUGGAAGACGAAGACAUCCAAUCAAAGGUUGAUUCAACCAACCUACAGACAAAUAUGGAGAUUGAUGUGUCCGAUCCUCACGAAAGUAAUACAACUCGAGAUGUUCGUACUGCUGCAAGCAAGGCUUCUGUUACUUCUGUAAAGAAACCGGGGUCCAGACGGAGACAGCCCGGGGGUGAAAGUCAGACAAGAAAAUCUACAGCAAACUCUAUCAGAAGCUCUCGCAUUAGUAUGUCUUCCAGAAAUGAAAGUGUCAAAGCAAAAAGCAAUGAAUUGUCUCAAAGAAUCGAAGAGGGGGAGGAGAUUCAGGACAUUACAGCUAAGCAAGCAAUGCCAGAAAUUGGCUCGAUGGAGAAGCAGGCGACUGAGAUCUCAUUAGGAACGCGAAAACCAACGUUAUUCCUCAGUCGAGCCGCCACUAGAAUUAUCACAAAACAAUCGAAAACACAUUCGCCAGAAACUGUUGGUUUUGGUAGCAAAAUGCCAACGAAUCUAUCUGAUGCUAGUCUAGGAGAUGAUGAGAGUGAUAUUGCUAAUGAACUGAACAUGAUAGCAGACCUACUGAAGCAGCCAACGAUACAUAAGGAGUUCACGUUUUCGGGAUAUGACAUCAUGAAUGACGUCGAUACACCAUCACCAGCUGGGAGCCGUCUGACAAUGGAACGGAAAGAACGUGUUUCGAUGUAUGAAGUAAUGUGUAAAAGGGAGAACGUCUUACCAGAACAGUGCGUACUCACAAAAUUGAUGAAAUCUAGUCUUAACGUGCAGGGUAGGAAGCUUGGGCCCAAAGGUGUCAAAGCAAUGGCAGUUGCUAUACUUAAUAGUGAUAUAAUAUCUGUACUAAAUCUGGAUGACAAUAACAUCCAGUCAGAGGGCGCGGGCUACAUAGCAGAUGUUCUCACAGCAAAAACAGUAAUAACCGAAUUGGUGCUUUCCCACAAUGCCAUAGGUAAAGAAGGCUUUGAGGAACUGUGUGACGUAUUAGAGGACAAUUUAACUAUACGGGUACUUGAUAUACGAGGCAAUCACCUAAAAGAUGAUUCUGCGCCGUUAUUUGCCAAGGUCAUCGAGAAUAAUAUCCACCUGAAAGAUGUUAACCUUAGCCAUAAUGACUUCCGUGGAAGCGGCGCUGUAGCCCUAGGGUUGUCACUAAGAAACAAUGAUACCAUCGAGUACAUGGAUCUCAGCUGGAAUCACCUGAGAGGUAGAGGUGCAAUAUCAAUAGGUAUCGGACUCAAGGAGAACCUUGGGCUGAAGAUACUCAAGUUGGGAUGGAACGGAUUUGCAAAUGACGGUGCGGAAACCAUAGGGAAGGCAUUGGCUCGUAACAGUACCCUGUUGGAACUUGAUCUAACAAACAACAGAAUUGGGACAAUUGGUCUUGGGCAUAUUGUAAAAGGUCUGCAGAAGAACUACACGCUAGUUGCUCUCAAGCUCGGCCAGAACCCACUGAGAAUGGUCGCCUGUGAAACAAUUCUUCAAAGUAUAAUAAAACACUCAUCAAUUGCACUGAAAGAACUUGAUUUACGUGAUAUUCCUGUCAGCAAAGAUUUUAACAAGCUCCUGAAGCAAGUCAGACAAACGAGGAUAUUUGUCACAGUUACUGGACAGGAACUGGUUGGAGACCUUAUAGAAGGGGAAGAUGACGGAUUGGAUUGGAAUAAGGAUCCUAGGACAGUUCUGUUUGAGUAUAUGAAAAGGGAAGGAUUCAGAGUUAUCGAUCUAUUCAAAAAGUUAGAUACGGAUAACAGCAACUCGUUAACAAGGAACGAAUUCAAGAAUGGGUUACUGGACAUCGAGGUGCCCCUGACAGAGUCUCAACUGGACAAGCUUCUAGAUAUAGUAGAUGAGGACAAAAGCGGUGACGUUGAAUUAAAGGAGUUGAUUAACGCCGAACGCCAGUUCAAACGAGAGCAAUUGGCGCGGACAGUGGCAAAGGAACAACGGGAACGACUGGAACGAGCCAAACGGAAACAAACAAUGAAAGAUGGAAAGAGCAAUCAGAAUAUGAACGACCUCAAUUUGUCUAAAUUACCACCGAUAACGAACACCAAACCAAAAUAGAGUGUUAACAGAAUCC